AUGGCAGGUUGGAAAGGCAGCAAGAAAUCGUAUCUACAACAGGAGCUGGCGGCAGCGGAACGCCAAGUGAGCGAGUUGAAGUUGCAGGAAAGCCAUCUGGAACUCCAGGUGGAGGAAUUUCAGGCACAAGAAGCGUCCGAGGAACAAGAACUGAUCAAAGUGAACGAAGCGGUGCUGCGUGGUGAAGAACUGCUGGCAGAAACAGAGGAAGCGGCGGAGCCCCGCGUUGACAGCAGCGAAUUUGCCCAGUGGCUCCGGGCCAGGAAAGACGAGGUAGAUGCCAUCUCCAGAACCUGCAAUCCAAGACGUCCAAUGCUUCUGCUGGAGGUUUGGAUGUCGGAGCAAGGGACUUGGAAGUUCCUAGGUGAGCAAUGGCUGCCGUAUGCAGAGGCGCGGCCACAAGCCACUUGGACUCUUCCACUGGAGCAUUUAGCCGCGAGUCGACCUUCGCCAGCCAAGCACAAGGGCGACGGCUCCGAAUUGAGUGGCAAGUGGUAUCUUCAUCUCAGCGGUUCGCGAUUGACACGGACUCCAGACUUUGCGCCAGAGGUGGUGGAAGAUUGUCAUUACACCAUGGGUUUUGAGGACUUUAUCUUCCAACUACACCAUUUAUCCAUGGCAAAUCGUGGAUUUGGAAGCAGCAAAGAGUCGACAGAGUCGACAGAGUCCGGAGAAGUCACGGUGUAUGCCUGGCUUUGGGGCGGACAGAUGUUCCUGGCACAGCCACCAGCCAGUGACUCCACCUGGAAUAAGAUCUUCGAAAGUUGCACCGUGUGUCUUGGUCAUGGCAGCCAUGGCAGCCAUGGCAGCUAUGGCCGUGGUGGAAAGGACUACAGUGACUACUGUACAACCAAAUUUGCUGAUCGCUUUUCAAUUGGCUUGAAACUUCACCCACUGUACAGCGAUCCCCUGCAUAGUGAAGAUGUUCAUCCGCCCUUGUCGAAUGACGAUCUUUCUGGCCAAAUGCCGGGUGUCUCUAUGGCCUCCGAAAUGGUAAGUUUUCGAAGAUCCACCUAUGAUCCAUCCCCCAUCCUGACCACGGAUGGCAGAGCCAUGGUUUUUGUGGACUUUUCGGACACUGAAUUCCAUGAUGUUUCAGCCAAGCUUCAAAUUCGACUCUGUAUAUGUCCUUGUAGCUCAGGGCAAGUUUUGCAAGCCGUGGCUUUACAGGCCGUCCCAUGUGACACUGUGGGUGAAAAGCAUCUUACAUGGACAUGGUCAGCCAACUCCACCAAGCUGCGCUCCUUUGAAAUUGAAAGACUGCUCACAGUGGAGCUUCGAAUUCCACGCACCAAACAGGAGAUUGGAACGACUGGAACGACUGGAACCAGCACCAUUUCCACUGCUGGAACUGCGGAGCCUCCCAUGGUGCCUGGUGCCAGCUCUCUGUUUCCGAGCCAUGCCCAUCCCGAUGCGCGGCUGUACGCGCCCCAACUGUGGCUCCGAGCUGCCGUCUUCCAAGCGGGUGAAGCCAUCGCAAAGAUCGAUGAAGAACUGCUGCUGCCGGUGACCAUUGCACGAUUUCUGCAACCUUUGAACUGCGGAGAGCAGCAAUUGCAGGAGUAUUGGGAAGAAGCUCGUGAGUCGAUGCAGACUCUGGACAUUCCUUCAAAGCUUGAAUCGCUGAAGUGGUGUGGAAUUCGGCAGGUUGAAGCAACCAUUUCCUGCGGUGUUUUUCUUCGGCAGCCGGAAGUGCUGCCGCCUCCCCCCAGAUGCGGUAGCGGAGCUGCUGCUACCUUGAUGGGGGCCUUACUUCCAUGUCCUGGCUCCACAGUCUGCCACAUGUCUGAAGAUUCUGAAGUUGAGACCAGGAAACCAGCCUUGAAAGUUUUGUGCUGGACCAUGUUUGCUUCACUGGUUGAAGUCGGUUGA